CUUCUCCUUGCGAAAAACUCUCCCUCUCUUUUCUCUCUCUCCGUUUCCCUCUCGCCAACUCGAUCGACAAACACCGCGCCAUCACUACGGAAAACCUUAAACGCUCGACGCACGCCAAAGAUCUACGGCAUAUACGCUCAUUACUCAAUGCCGGAAGUUUGUCGUCUGAUCUGAGGUAGAGUCGAAUUCGUUUGCUCAACUAUCAAUUUCAGAAAGAAUAUUUCAUAGGUGAGGUGAAGGUUUCUUUGCACAUACAAUCAUGUCAAGAAAACAAGUAAAUCCAUCACGACGCUUUGCAGCUGGUGGUCCAUUUGGAGGCGUUUUGCAUCCCAAAUCACGCAUUCCUCCUUUAGCAUCCAUUGUCCUCAUUGUUGUGGGUUUGGUGCUUUUUGUUGGGCAUUUUUAUGGUGGAACAGGAAAAUCGAGUGCUCUUAAGGAAUCAGUUAAUAAAAUUGACGCUAUUUUAGGUGACUCUUCAUCAUGCACAUUGGAGGUUCAACAGGCAAUACCCACUUUACAGAGAGCAUAUGGUGACAGUAUGCACAAACUGUUACAUGUUGGUCCCGACAGUUGUUCUGUUGUUUCAAGAUUCUUAAAAGAGGAUGGAACUGAAGCUUGGGGACUAGAACCAUAUGAUAUGGAAGAUACUGAUGUAAGCUGCAAAAGUCUUGUGCACAAAGGCAUUGUAAGAGUGGCUGAUAUCAAGUUUCCUCUUCCAUAUGGUCCCAAGUCAUUUUCUCUUGUUAUUGUAUCAGACGCAUUAGAUUAUCUCACUCCCAAGUACCUUAACAAGACCUUACCAGAUCUUGUAAGAAUGUCCUCUGAUGGACUUGUUAUGUUUGUAGGGUUUCCUGGUAAACUGAGAGCUAAAGUUGCGGAAUUGUCCAGAUUUGGUCGUCCGGCGAAAAUGCGUAGCACAACUUGGUGGACCCAAUGUUUCGAAGGGAACAAAAUCGAGGAGAACGACGAAGCAACUAAGAAGUUUGAGCAAGCAGCCUCAAAUGAAGGUUACAAGCCAAGAUGCCAAGUAUUCCAUCUUAAACCGUUUCAUUGAUAGACUACGAAAAAUGAUUUUAUCAUCUCCCACUUAAAUCAUUGUUUGCCCGGUGCAAUAAAAGGUUUGUGUUUUCAAAUAUGUUAUAAAACUGUGUAGCAUGUUGUUUCAUUUAGCAUCUAUAUUUAGCAACGGGGUGAGUAAUUAUUUAUAUUAUAUUAUAGCUUAAGUAACAUUUUAAGAGGACAUUUUGGAUUUCAUGUUGUUUUUCUCUUUACAUGGAAAUAUGAAUAAGAUGUAGAGUUUUACAUUGAGGUCAUUCAUUUGGUCGUUUUAUUUUAAGACUAAUGAACUGAAAUUUGGGGUAACUUUUUGGAUUUUUUUAAAAUGUGAAAUUAAUACAU